GCCCGCGCUCCGCUCGCUUUUUGUUGCGCUGCGUACAGACUUUCUUUGCAGCUUGCACAGCGCCGUGGAUGAUGCAGUAUGGUCGAUUGGUGGAGCCCGGAGACCAUUGAGCUCUGCGCGCUCCUCUUCGGGCGGCUAAUCGUGCUCAUGCUCGGGAUGUAUCUAUGGUUCUUCAUCUUGACCUUCCGCGAUGUCGAGUGGGGCCUGAUCACUCGACGCCUGCAGAUUUCUGUGGCGAUAUGCAUCUACCUCAUUGGGCGGUAUUGCCUAUUGACAACACUAAUAAUGCUGUUCGCCAUGAAUCAGCUCAAUGAGCUGAUGAAGCUGGUCUGCGACACCGCAGGGAGCCACUCUGUCACAGCGCUCGCGGUCCUGGGCAACAUGGCUCUCGUCUCCGCAAGCACCAAUCUUCAACUCCGCGCAUUAACCCUCUGGAAAGGGAACAUUUACAUAUGCGCGUUGCUCGUCACACUGUGUGCUGCCCACUGGGUGUUCUGCAUCGAGCGUGGGUGCUUUCUUCCGCGCGGGACAAGCGUGCUCACAAGACAUCGUAGUCGGCAUCAAGGGCUUUGGCAUCGUGUACGACCCCGACCUUGGCGUGUGCACCAUAGACUUUGGGACUGUGCACCGCGAGUUGGUCGCGUUCUACCUCUAUACGGUGCUCUGGGACACGACGAUCCUUGGCUUCACGGUCGCAGCGCUAUACGCACAACACGACGCACGGCGUUCGCCGCUGUGGACCAUGCUGCUCACGCAGGGCGUCGGGUACCUCGUCAUCACUUGUAUCACGAACAUUCCGAUGACGGUAAUGGCGUGGUUGGAGUUGAACUAUAUAAUGAUUGUUUUCUGUAUAUUGCCUGGCAAUACGAUAAGUGUCAUGGUAUCCUCCGCUGCCGUCAUCCAUCUACUCAGAAUCAAGGAUUCAAGCCACAUCCAAACAUAUUCCCAAACAGUACCAUCUCAUUACCACGAAGCAUUCCCGAAGCCCAACACGGCGUACUUUCUCACAAGCAACAUCGACGUUACUUCCGGCAUUCGAAACUCGGCAGAAAUACACGACGGCCGGUUCGACUUCGAUCGCGAGUUCGGCAUGCAUCGGAAGGAUGGCUUGGACGGCUCGGACGAGUACGUCACCUCGGGUGUCGGGAGCCCCGGGACUUCUGCGUCUGCAUGUCGAUAGUAGAGCGUGUUUAUGUGGACUCCUCGAAGUUUAUUCGGAGACUUGAAGCCAACAAAUCGUGUGCGCCAGAAGCUCUGCUCGGUCCUGCCCUGGGCCUGGCCAGCAGAGAUGGAUGCGCAGAAGUUUUUGGCAUGAGAUGGACGAAAUUUUGCGCCGAAAAAUUCUGGGAGUUUACAUAAACACGCUCUGAUCUCCGUCGUUAGCCAUCUUUUGAUAGUUACGGUACUGUACAUGAUAAUUUU